AUGCUGCGUAGCGGUGUUUGUUUGCUCGUGUUCGUUGGUCUGGUUGUGGCAUCGCAACCACCCACAAUGGGAAUGGCCGGUGGUGCCAAGGCAAUGACACGCGAGCAGUUGGACUCGAAGGAGAUUCAGGAGAUGGUGAGAGAUGCACUCAAGGCCACGAGUCCGUGUGUGGAUUUGGUGAGUGUAGUUUCCGGUACGGUUCAGGUGGUGAAUGGCAUGAAAUAUCACUUCCACGUGAAGACUGUCCUGAACAGUGCGUGCGUGGAGGCAGUGGGAAAGAAGUCGGAAUCGGCGGUGACGGUGCAUUUGCCGGCAGGCCGCGACUCGAAGCCAGUCUACACGGUUGUGGCAAUGGAGCCAGCGAGAUUAGGAAUGGCCGGUGGUGCGAAGGCGAUGACACGCGAGCAGUUGGACUCGAAGGAGAUUCAGGAGAUGGUGAGAGAUGCACUCAAGGCCACAAGUCCGUGUGUGGACCUGGUGAGUGUGGAGGAUGGGACGGUUCAGGUGGUGAAUGGCAUGAAAUAUCACUUCAACGUAAAGACUGUCCUGAACAGUUCGUGCGUGGAGGCAAUGAAGAAGAAGAAGCCGGUAUCCACAGUGACGGUUCAUCAGCCGGCAGGUCGCGACUCGAAGCCGGUCUACACGGUGGCAUGA